GCUCGCCUUUGUUAGCAAUCUCUACCUCCUACUUCCCGUCUAGGGAAAUAGUGCAUGUGAGGUCGAAGAAGUGCUAAUUAAGCCAAUUCACCAUCUUCUUUUCUUUUCUUACUAUACUUGGAUCUUCGUUAAAUAAAUAAAAAACCAUCCAGGUUUUAGAUCAAUGUCUUCCGAAAACAUCACCCCUGUCCAUGGCGAAGGGGCCGCAGAGACGACACCUCUGCUAAAGAAAGAUGUCUCCGUCGUUAGCGUCUCGGCUCAGAGUCAGUCUAACGGCACGUCUUCGAGCUCGAGCAACUCCAUCGCUGGUGACUUCCCGGAAAAUGAUGUGGAAACCGGCCGGCCCAACGGCGCUGCGCCGAACGGGGAUGCCCCGAAGUUGAAAGUAAACAUGAAGGCGCUGCUGCCGGCGCUUGCUAUUGGUGUAAGUGAGAGCCCCUAGGCAGACCUAUUGUCAGCUAUAGGUCCUUUCUUCUAUGCAAAUAUAGAUACCUUAGGUAGGUAUUCAUAUUGAAGGAGUUCAUAAAUGCUUAUAGUAAUAGAUCUUCAUGGUAGCGGUAGACCAGACUUUGACUAUCGCCACAUACGGCAAGAUGGGUAGCGACCUCAAUGCCCUGAACUCGACGAGCUGGAUCUCUACAUCGUAUUUCCUAACGCUAACGGUGUUCCAACCCUUAUAUGGACGGUUGUCCGACAUAUUCGGCCGCAAGGAAUGUCUGCUGUUUGGGUACGCCGUCUUUGGGCUUGCUUGCCUCGGCUGUGGGCUGUCCCGGGACAUCACCGAGCUGUGCGUGGCCCGCGCCGUAGCCGGCAUCGGGGGUGGCGGUAUGAACGCCGUUGUGACUAUCCUCGUCACGGACCUUGUGUCCCUUAGGGACCGGGGCCUCUUUCAGGGAUAUAUUAAUGUCGUGUACACUGCGGGCAUGAUAUCCGGCGCACCAAUCGGCGGGCUGAUCGCCGACACUAUCGGCUGGCGGUGGGCGUUCGCGGGCCAGUUCCCGCUGUCGCUGGUCGCGUGGCUAGCUGUAUUCUUCGUCCUCGACGUGCCCAAGACGGACCACGCGCACUGGACACACAAGGUUCUACGUAUCGACUUUCUAGGGGCCUUUACGCUGGCCUCGGCCGUGUUCACUCUACUAUUCGGCCUCGACAACGGCAGCAACGAGGGCUGGAGCCAGCGGAUUACCAUUAUCCCCCUGGCGCUGACACCGCUCCUCUUCGCGCUGUUCCUCUUCAUCGAGGUCAGAGUUGCGUCGGCGCCGUUUGCGCCAGGCCACGUUAUCCUCGACCCGCCGCUGUUGGCCGCGUACGGAGCCAAUAUGUUUGGUGUAGCCUCGCAGAUGGGCGUCUCGUUCUUCAUCGCGCUGUUCUUCCAGGCUGCCGUGGGCCUCUCGGCAACGUCCUCCGGCCUCAUGUUCAUACCCAGCACGUUCUUUGGGCUCACGGGGUCGCUGGGCGGCGGGAUUCUCAUGCGCCGGACGGGCAAGUAUUACUGGAUCACGGUUAUCGGGUAUGCCUUAAUAGUACUUGGCAUAGCGCCAUCUGCGUCGUUCUCAGGCGCGGUGGUGAAGUCGACAGUGGGUGUUAUCGCAGGUCUCUGUGUCAUGGCGCUUGGGUCUGGUUCUUCAAUUACAAGCUCGCUCAUUGCCAUAAUCGCCAAUGCGGAUCCCGCCGACACGGCCGUAGCCAUCGCGUGCUCGUACCUAUUCCGGUCCCUCGGCACGACGCUCGGAGUUUCCAUUUCCACGGCGGUCCUGCAGCAAGUUCUACGCACGGAGCUAGCCGCGUCGCUCGGCGGCGACGGCGACAAGGCGCGCGAGAUCGAGGAGGGCGUGCGCCAGAGCCUCGACUACAUCCGGACCCUGGAUCCGGCCAUCGCUGAGAUCGUGCGGGCCUGCUACGCGGUUGCCGUGCAGUGGGCUUUCAUACCGGUUGCUGUUUUGGCCACGGGCGCACUGGUUUCGUCUAUCUUCGUCAAGGAGAAGAAGCUCGAGGGGCGGUAGGAACUGGUUGUUGCUAUGGUAUAUAUGUUGCCUUUGGAUGUAUGUGAAAUUGUACGGGUCCACUGGUUGCUGUAGAAAGCCAGGCACCUGAUGUACGUUCCUCGUCACUGAAAAGGGGACAUGCGGGACGAGGUACCUAGGUAGGUAGAAUCAGGAAGUAGGCAGGCAGCAAUAUAAUUCCCGACAACAGCAAUCAGAAGUAUCAAACAAUGAAGUCAAAGUCCCGGUGGUGCAGUGGUAAGCACAUUCCAUCAUUACGCGCUUCCGAGAAAUGAACUUGGAUGAGAGGUCGAGGUUGGAAAGGCAUGGGUUCAAAUCCCAUCCGGGCUGUCAUUUCCUUUUUGCUAUUUCCUCCUUUCUCUCUCUCUCUCUCUACAUAGAAGAUAUAUAAUUUCUAAUGUCAUGUUAUUUUGACCUCUAA